CAGGACAAAACUGAAUUCCAAGCGCAUCGAUAUAUAUUUAUAAUUCGCGACUUUUCGAUAUCGAAAACUUGCGUGCGUGUUCGGGCGGAGUUUGCGCAGAGAUAUAUCUCCCUCCCAAACUUGACGUCCCCGCGAGCCCCUUAUGGUGCAGCAGCAACAGCAGCUGUAGGCGCCGUAACAAUUGACGCAAGAGUGUAUCGAGCUUGUUUCGUGUGUGUUGUGCACUGUGCAUUGCCCGUAGUACAUAUAGGUGUGUGCGUGUGCGACUGUGUCGAAGCGACUAGCGAGCGAUAAAGGGUCGGGGAAGAGCGAGAAAGAGAGAGAGAGAGAGAGAGAGAGAAGCGAAGGAGGAACGACGACGAGUCGACGACAACAACAAUAACAAGUGCGCGCCUGGACGCCAGUCGAGUGCACAGCAGCAGUAGCAUUAGCAGCAGCAGUCAGUGUCAGUGGAGCGCGCUCGUAUAGUACCACUACACUACUGGAUAUAUUAUUCGAUCGAGUACAUUAAUUGUUGUUUGGUGAUAUAAUAUAAAUGGCGACGUACAAACUGCAGCGGCUCGACGCCGCUCUGCUAGGGCUGUGCUUGCACGGGGUCGCCGUGUCCUAUUACGCCUACUUGGUCGAGACGAACAAGGAGAAGGACGACGACUAUCAGCCGCUCUGCGACAUCAGCGAGCACUUCAGCUGCACCAAGGCCUUCAUGUCCGAGUUCGGCAAGGGAUUCGGCCUGAUUCCCAAGGACUCGUCGUUUUACCUGCCCAACAGCAUAUUCGGCAUCGUCUUCUACACGAUCGUUGCCUCGCUCAGCCUGUUCAAUCACUACUGGAACACGCUGCUCAUGCUGGCGGCCACCGUGCUCGCGAACAGUUUCUCCAUCUAUCUCGCCUAUGUGCUGUAUCUGCUCAAGGACGUGUGCCUCGUGUGCGUCACCACGUACAUCAUCAACGCGAUUCUGCUGGUGCUCUCGGCGAAGAAGCUGGGCGAGAUCAAGCAGGCGCAGCUGGCCAAGAAAAAGAAGAGCAAGUGAGGAGGAGAAGAGAAAGAGGCGCAUCUCCAUACACAGCGACAAAACGAGCCAUUUCCCUUCUUAUACGCUCUCUCUCUCUCCGCAGCUCGCUGCUGCAAUUAUUGACGCUUCAUUUCAUUUUCUAUCGACGUUAUUAAACCGUGUACAUAUUAAAUAUACGCGCCUUCGUUACACAUAUACACACAUAACACACAGCUCCUUCUCUCUGUCUUUCUUUAUUUCUAUCUCACUCGCGCCGUCGAUUUUUUGCUGCUUUUAAAAAUAACUCGUAAAUAAAAACGCAUUUAAAACGGAAAUGCCUGUAUCGACGAUCGACGCAACAACGGUCGUCGUCGUCGCGCUUCUCUAAUAUGCUCCAGUGCUGUGCUUACAUUUUAAGAACUCUAGCAUCGUAGGGACGAAAUUUAUAAAUGAUAUAUUAUACAAUGAAAUUAUAUACAAUCACCGUUCGAUAAAAGUACCUUUAUUUUUUAUUGUAAAAUAUAUAUUAUAUACCUAAAACGAAACUUGACUAUUUUUCGUUUAUCUUUGCUUAUUAUAUAUAAAAAAAAAUUUAAGGAAGAAGAAAUAAACCUGUAAGAUUUUAUUCAUUGUUAAUACUUUGCGCACGUGUUAAUUUUUGUAAGGUCAGUACAACGUAUAGUAGCUUGUAGUAACGGUUAGACAUAUUAUUAUAUUAUAAAAAUAGACUGUUCUAUUGGUAUAAUGUAAACGAAAAACACACACUUAAAGAAAUUAUUAUCGAUCUCCGAUUUGCGCAUAGAUUGAUAGAUUAAUCAAUUGCACAGUUGUACAUUAUAUCGUGGUUAUACAAUACGUACACACAUACACGCAUAAUUAUACAAACGUAGUCUCUGUGAUUUUUCGUGUAGUCUGUAUAUCGACGUUAUUAGCGUAAAUCUGUCAAGCCUCAUACGCGUCGCGCGUACCGACGAACAAACAUACAAAAAAUGAACGAAUCAAUUUUUACAAUCUCACGAAACGCAUAAUACAAAAAGGAAAAUAUUAUAAACCAAGUGUACAAUGUAUUGUACAAAUUUAAACAAAAAAGUGAAAGAUGAAAACUUACAAAGCCUAAUGAUAUAUAUUCUAUAUGUAAUAUUAUUAUUUUUCAAAAAAAAAAAA